AUGGUGUUGAAAAAGAAACAAGUGGGAGAGAGAGCAGCAACACGGCACCACAGCACGGCAUCACCGCCCUGCAGCCCUCCCUGCUGCCUCCCAAAAUCGCUUCUGGGAGAACCUGGGCAGCCCGGCGAGCCGCACGCUUGGCUCCCUCCCUUUCCCCGCAGCAGCUUCGGGGUGGUUUGUGCCCCGUCGCCGCCUCUCUCCCAGCCUAAACCCCGCAGCCCGGCCCGGCCCCGCAGUGUCUGUGUGUCUGUCUGUGUGUGUGUGUGUCCCGCGGCGUGGGUCGGGCCGCAGGGCCGGGGCAGCCCAGGUGGGGCCGGGCGGGCGGCGGGGCCGGCCGGGGGCGGGGGCGGGCGGGCCCGGCCCAUUUCCCCACACACAGCCGCCGCGCUCCGGGACGAGCCGCCGGGACGGGGCCGGGCGCUGAGGCACCAUCCAAGGACUCUUGUGGAGCCCACUAGCUGCUUACAGGAGCUGAGCAUAUCUCAAGGUGCCUUUCAAGCAGAGGGAGCAGCACAGGCAGCCUACUCAGGAGCUGACAUGCAGCAGAAGAUCAGCUCUUUCUUUAAUUCCAUCUUGGAGCUCAUCCGUACCAAGCAUGAGGAAGGCGUCUUCAACACCGUCUGCCUGGCUGUGCUCUUGGGUCUACCCUUUGUUGUCCUCCUUGCUUUCAUUUUCAUCUGCUGCCACUGCUGCUUCUGCAGAAGGAGGGGAGAAAGCACAGGGAAAGGUGGUUCCAGCAGCAAUGGGCAGCUGCAUGCCGAGAGGAACAAGAAGAAAAAGAAGAAGAAGAAGAAGCAGGAUGAAGAGGAUCUGUGGAUCUCAGCUCAGCCCAAGCUGCUCUUGCUGGACAAGAGACCCUCCUUGCCCAUCUAGCAGACAGGAGGGUGUUCAGGUCCUCUCCUCUGAGAUGGCACCAUUCCUUUCACCUAUGCACCAGGAGGGGCGAGGAGAUACCAAAGCUGCUGCCACUUUAUGGUGACUUCCAACAGAGGCUGACCCCAGCAUGCUGAAGGGCCAACAGGAAACAAGGCACAGGCUGUGCAAGCCUCUUCUCCCCCACCAUGACAGCAUGCCCCAGGGCAGAGACCCCUGCAAAGGACAGGUGAGCACACAAGGGUGACCUGCCACCGGGUCCUACGUCCCUCCUGCCAUGAGCACAGUGCACACACGUGGGGCUGGCACACAGCGAAGGGUGUGCCAGGCUCUCCCUCUGCAUCACCUGCCAGCACACUUGCUGUGGCAUGGACAAGGGUGCACAGGACAAUGCUCACCCACCGACCAAACCACCUGCACACUCGCCCUGCUGUGAGUGAAGCAGGCACAGACACACCUCCUUUGCUUGCCCUGCCAUGGAGAUGGCACAGCUUCACUGUCGAGGCUCCGUCCAAACCCAGCUCGCUUUAUAGACACAAAGCUGAGUUACCCCACAGCUCAAAGAUGUGCCAUCUACCAGGCCACCAAACCAAAGUCUCUUGUGAGCACCUGAAGCUAGAUGCCCUCAGCACAACCUUAGAGACCUCAGACACCGUCCUAAGGCAGCACAGCAGAAGGAUGUCUUGCCACCUAGGCUAGGGGCAGGCAGGAGAGAGGAGGCUGCCACACCAGCCCUUUUGCACCAGCACUUAAGAAAACACCUUCCUUGAAAGACUGUUUUAUACAAACUUGCCAUUAAAGAGCCCACCAUGCUACUGCAAGAGCAGAAACACAACCUGAGGCUGUGUAAAGGCUUUGCUACGGGCAUUAGAGUUAUUUAUUGAACGACUACUAAAGAAGAGCAGGACCAAAGGCCCCUCUGGAGCAGGGCCAGGGACAUGGAAGCAGUAUUGAAGCGGCAGACAUGGUUUCCUGGCACACUCAGCUAUCACCUCUCCCUGCAGCCCUUGUGCCACGUGUGAGACACACACGGACCCGUGAGCAGGUGCUGCCCCAGCUGAUGCCAGCUCUGUGUGCUGCACUGAACGUUUCUGUAUGGCUGUCAGGCUGACCAGCUCUGGGAUUUUGAAUGUGCUGUAGAAGCAAAGUAAAUUCCAUGUGCACAGUCAUGCCUUACACAGGGAUAUAUUAUA